AUGUGCGACGAUGAUGUUGCUGCGCUCGUAGUGGACAAUGGCUCCGGCAUGUGCAAGGCCGGUUUCGCCGGCGAUGACGCGCCCCGUGCCGUCUUCCCAUCCAUCGUGGGUCGCCCCCGUCACCAGGGUGUGAUGGUCGGUAUGGGCCAGAAAGACUCCUACGUAGGUGACGAGGCCCAGAGCAAGAGAGGUAUCCUCACCCUGAAGUACCCCAUCGAGCAUGGUAUCAUCACCAACUGGGAUGACAUGGAGAAGAUCUGGCAUCACACUUUCUACAACGAGCUGCGCGUCGCCCCUGAAGAGCACCCCGUUCUGCUCACUGAGGCCCCCCUGAACCCUAAGGCUAACAGGGAAAAGAUGACCCAGAUCAUGUUUGAGACCUUCAACUCCCCGGCCAUGUACGUCGCCAUCCAGGCCGUGCUCUCCCUGUACGCUUCCGGUCGUACCACCGGUAUCGUGCUGGACUCCGGAGAUGGUGUCUCCCACACCGUCCCCAUCUAUGAAGGUUACGCCCUUCCCCACGCCAUCCUCCGUCUGGACUUGGCCGGCCGUGACUUGACCGACUACCUCAUGAAGAUCCUCACCGAGAGGGGUUAUUCUUUCACCACCACCGCUGAGAGGGAAAUCGUGCGUGACAUCAAGGAGAAGCUCUGCUAUGUCGCUCUCGACUUCGAGCAGGAAAUGGCCACCGCUGCCGCCUCAACCUCCCUCGAGAAGUCCUAUGAACUUCCCGACGGUCAGGUCAUCACCAUCGGAAACGAAAGGUUCCGUUGCCCUGAAGCCCUCUUCCAGCCUUCCUUCCUGGGUAUGGAAUCCUGCGGUAUCCACGAGACCGUGUACAACUCCAUCAUGAAGUGCGACGUUGACAUCCGUAAGGACUUGUACGCCAACACUGUCAUGUCCGGUGGUACCACCAUGUACCCCGGUAUCGCUGAUAGGAUGCAGAAGGAAAUCACCGCCUUGGCUCCAUCCACCAUCAAGAUCAAGAUCAUCGCUCCCCCCGAAAGGAAGUACUCCGUAUGGAUCGGUGGAUCCAUCCUGGCUUCCCUGUCCACCUUCCAGCAGAUGUGGAUCUCCAAGGAGGAGUACGACGAGUCCGGCCCUGGCAUCGUCCACCGCAAGUGCUUC